GACAUCAGCUCCUGACAGCAGUGUUGAGGUUAACACCUCAAGAAUUACAGUUGGUACAAGUGAAAGUCUUCUGAAUACUGGUAGCAUGUCUGGAACUGUUGAGACUGACGUUGUUCAGUGUAUGGCUCAGACACCAUCUCUGCAAACCACUGUUGAGACCACCAAUACUGAAAGUACUGAAACCACUGAGAGUGUCCCUAAGGCUGUAGGCGAAAUAAGGGCUUUUGAGACUAGCACCAGUUCCAGUACCAGUAGUCUAUUGACUACUCCUCAGGUUGUCGUUGAGACAAACAUUGUUCAAGGCGUCAAGGAGACACAAGUUCCUCAAAAUGUAGAUACUGAAAAUAUAAUUGAAACCCGUGUUCUCGAGAGUAUAGCUGAGGUGAGCAUCCCUGAUCCUGCUGUUCAGUUGAAUACUUCUCAGAGUGGCAGUGUUAAAGACAUAGCUACUGGGAAACGUGCAGUGAAUAGGCAGAAUAUCAACAACAGAGACAAUCAGUUGUCCAACAGAACCCAGAACAGGUAUGAGCUCAUGUACAAAGGGUCAGGGGCGAGUACAACAAGACAAGACUCUCAAACAGCCAGCGUCCUUCAAUCGAGAAAUCCAUAUCUCAAUCAGUCAGCUUCCACAGGACAUACUGAUUUGCCCAUUGUUGGUGGAGGUACUGAGGGCUUAACCUUGGAUGCUGUUGCUCGCAAUAGUGGUAGAAGCAGUCAAGUCAUUGUUGGCAGUUCCCAUCGCGAAGCCAGGAUUAGUCAGGCACGAACCCACACAGAGGGAAGAGUCGAGGUCACAAACACCAGUUCAGGUAGUGAGCAGAGAAUGACUCGCCAGAGAAACAUUAGUCCUAACAGAAAUGUGCACAGCAGUCCAGGGUCUCAGCGGACGAGGUUGAAUAGCACUGGCAGUGUGGGAUCGGACUCUGGAAUAGGCUAUGGUACAGGGAUGGGCGGCUUCUCCAGUCCCACCAAGCCCGGAGUGGUCAGCAGCGCAGGCACUGGCGUCUGGAUCAUGAGCUCAGAGAAUGAUAGUCCGUACACCAUCAGCACCAGAAGCAGAGGCAGUGGGGAUAAGAUCACCACCUAUGGGAGCGGGGUGAGCUCGGGCAGAAUCAGCACCACAGGAAGUGGAAAUAGAAUCAGCAGCACAGGAAGUGGUGGGAGGAUCAGCAACUCAGGAAGUGGUAAUAGAAUCAGCUACGCAGGAAGUGGAAACCGAAUUAGCAGUGCAGGAAGUGGAAAUAAAAUCAGCUAUGCAGGAAGUGGAGGGAGGCUCAGUAGCUCAGGAAGUGGAGGGAGGAUAAGCAGCGCAGGAAGUGGAAAUAGAAUCAGCAGUGCAGGAAGUGGAAAUAGAAUCAGCAGCGCUGGAAGUGGAAAUAGAAUCAGCAGUGCAGGAAGUGGUGGCAGGAUCAGCAGUGCUGGCACUGGAAACAGCAGGAUCAGCAUGGGCACUGCCAUGGGCAGCUCUGCCAACAGGACGGUCAUCCGUAGCACCGGCAGUUCUGGUGGAGGGAGCAACCGAGACCGAAUCAGUGUCUGCAAGAUAGCCGCCCUCUCCAAAGCAGCUGCAGUGAAGGAGAAAUCAAUGGAGAGCCAGGGCCUGCUGCAGAUGAAGUCGGGGACCCAAGGAGCAGUUGAUCCAGAUGAGGAGUUGAACAUACCAGCUGUUCCAUAAGACUUGGGAGGCCACUUUGCUCUGUUAAUUAUUAUAUCCACAUAUGACUACUCAUUAUUACAAAAUGUGAAUGUGACUUCAUGGAUAUUGGAUUGUACUUGUCAGUGUAGUUUUAUUUUUCUAGAACACAUAUCUUUUGUGAAGACUGUCAAACAAAUGCUUUAUUUCAUGUUUUUUAUAUAAAGUAAAAAAAAAAAUCUUUCAUCACGGAAGCACCCAGCAAAGUCUAGUUUGCAUAAAGCACUCCUGUGUUCCAAAUUCCCCUUAUAUAUUUGAUAUAGAUAAGAGAGUCUUAUUAUGUUUUGUUUUCUAUACAUCCAUUGUGUUAAAACGUAAACCUUAACUUGACUAAAGGUCAUUGGAUAAGACAAGUAAUGUACAGUUGGUUAGCCAAAAAAAGUAAUUUAUGAUAUUUUUUCAAGGGCAU